AUGCGUCUUGCCUCCUCAGCAGUUGCUGCUGUUCUCGUUGUCGUAUGUCGGGCGGCUCCCCAGGUCACGAUUGGGAGCACCACAAUUGUUGGCACCCAGAACACUGGCCAAACCGAGUUCUUUGGAAGUAUCCCUUACGCCGAACCACCUGUUGGUCAACUACGGUUCGCACCACCAGUGCUGAAGGCCGAUCCAGGCGUCGCAAGCCUCGACGCGAGUGCAUAUGGCCCCUCGUGUCCUGUCGGCGGCUCUUCGAACCCCGUCGAGGACUGCUUGACUAUAAACGUCCUCCGGCCGGUCGGUACGGCAUCUGGGGCAGGCCUCCCGGUUAUGGUGUGGAUUUACGGCGGAGGCUUCCAAUCCGGUGAUGCAUCGGGGUAUGAUGGCACCGGCUUCGCCAUCGCCGGAAUAAACAGGGGGACACCUUUCCUCUACGUCAACCUCAACUACCGCUUGGGCGUGUUGGGCUUCCCACAAGGCCAAGAGGCGACGUCGCGUGGUGCCCUCAACCUGGGUCUCAAAGACAUUCUUACGGCGUUAGAAUGGGUACAACAGAAUAUUGCGGCUUUCGGAGGCGAUCCCGCCAAGGUCACCAUAUUCGGACAGAGCGCGGGGUCUAUCGCCGUCGCGAACCUGUUCCUGAACUCGAAUCUGGAGAGCCUCGUUCGCGCAGCGAUCUUCGAGUCGGGCGCACAGAGUUCGCUACCCAUGUUCCCCGGGGCUCACCGAGACCAGGACUGGCAGAAUUUCGUCGCGGCCGUCCCUCAGUGCUCGGGCGCAAGCUCCACCGAUACCUUCGACUGCCUCCGGCAGGCCGAUAUCACCGCCAUCGUCAGCGGACAAAGUUCCGCGUCCGGGCAGGCUGGAGAGCAGUUCCCUUGGACACCUGUUAUCGACGGCGCGGGCGGGGUCAUUCCCGACCUCCCCUCGACGCUGCUUGCUGCCGGCCAGUUCUCGCGCCUCCCCUUCAUCUCUGGUAGCAAUCUGGAUGAGGGCACUCAAUUUGUGUCAACGACUCUGUCAUCGGAUGACCAGCUCACGCAGUUCUUCGACAAUUUCGUUAAUCCUGCCGGCGGGGCUUCCGCAGCGCAGCAGACGCAGAUCGACGACUUGAUCCAGCUGUACCCCGACGACCCUUCCCAAGGAUCUCCAUACGGCACUGGGAGCAACACGUUCGGUCUCGGGAGCGAGUACAAGCGCGCCGCCUCCAUCGCCGGGGACAUCUGGUUCCACUCCAUCCGCCGCGCGUGGAACCAAGCGGCGAGCGCGCAGGGUGUCCCGGUCUUCGCCUAUUUGUUCACUGACCCUCAGGCUGCGGGAAAUCCGUCGCAAGGAGGCGAGUCGUGCCCUGUGCUCCUGUCAUACGUGUUUGGGGCGCCCGGAGCUGCACCUGCCAGCACUUUGAGUGCUACCAUGAAGGACUACUGGAUCUCGUUCGCGACCUCACUCGACCCGAACGACGGAAAGGGCAAUGAUCGUCCUCAAUGGCUGCAGUAUACCUCGUCGAGCCAGGUCGUCAUGCAACUACAAGGAGGCAACACGACUAUCAUCCCGGACACAUACCGCGCCGAGCAGAUCUCCUUCAUUAACUCCCAGCCGGCCACCUUCAAUCAUUGAACCUAACCAUUCACGACCUGCUGUCGUCUGGGAACCAGAACACAUGUCUCAUCUUCGGUCGAUACACAUACGGAGCGUCUCAUUACUACUGCACAGGAAUAAACUAUUGACU